GGAACAUAGAGUUCGUUCAAGUCGCCGGGAAUCGUACGGAUUGCGAAUAUUCUAGAUUCAAGAUUGAUAAAACUGUCUGACAAAACUGCGCUCAUUUGUCUUUAACAGUAUCGUGCAAAAGUAUCGGUACAGUUGAUAUUAUUCUAAGUCAUGGCUAACGUUGCAAAGAAAUUGAUUCCUCUACUCGAUAGAGUUCUUAUUAAAAGAGCAGAAGCAGUAACCAAAACUGCAGGAGGUAUUGUUAUCCCCGAGAAAGCUCAAUCAAAAGUUCUUCAUGGAGAAGUCGUCGCUGUAGGACCCGGCUCACGAAAGGAAAAUGGAGAAUUCAUCCCAGUCCUUGUGAGCGUCGGUGAUAAAGUGCUUCUUCCAGAAUACGGCGGCACCAAAGUGAGUCUCGAAAAUGACGAAAAAGAAUACCAUCUCUUCAGAGAAUCUGAUAUCUUGGCAAAGAUAGAAAAUUAAUGUUAAUUUUAGUAUUAGUUUGCGCGGUUUCGAAUUUUGGUUAGAUAUAUAGAAGAACAUUGUAGUGUAUGUGAUUGUGUAAUAUGUUCAAUACUGUGGGACAUACUGUUAUCUGAUUUGCAUUUAUUAUAACAUUGUUAUAAA